AAACAAAGAUCCUCUGCUCUUUCGUUAACCCUCUCCCACAAUUGGCCUUCUCUCUCAUCCCUCACAAUCCUACAGCCACCAUUGCAAUGGCUUCCCUCCCCAAGCUCCGAGCUGCCACUGCCGCCGUUUUCACCUUAGUUAAUCCACUCCGAUCAUUUGGAUCCGCCGCUGCUUUGGAGCUCCCCUACGACGAUGAAUAUUUCGACUACGAACAAGCUCACCAGGAUUGGCGCUGGGCUCAACCGAAAAUUAACAUGGAUGGGUUGGCGACUGAGAGGGGAGUACAGUGGGUGCUUAUAGGGGAGCCUGGGGUCAAACGACAUGUUUAUUCGGAGAGGCUCUCGAAGCUUCUAGAAGUUCCACAUAUUUCAAUGGGCACCCUCGUUAGACAAGAGCUUAAUCUCCGCUCUUCUCUUUACGAACAGAUUGCAAAUGCUGUGAAUGAAGGGAAGCUUGUUCCAGAGGAUGUAAUUUUUGCUUUGUUGUCUAAGAGACUUGAAGAAGGUUACUAUGGAGGUGAAAAUGGUUUUAUUCUUGAUGGGAUUCCUCGUACCAGGAUCCAAGCUGAGAUUCUUGAUCAAAUUACCGACAUUGAUCUGGUUGUGAACUUUAAAUGUAUUGAAGAGUAUAUGUUGAAAAGUACAGAAAGCGAGGUUCUUCACAUAGGCAAUUCCAAAGAUGUAGGAAAUUCCUGGAAGAAAAAAGUCCAUGUGUACUCAGAGCAGGCGAAGUUGGUGGAGGAUUAUUACAGUAGGCAAAAGAAGCUUCUCAACUUUCAGGUGUCUGGUGCACCAGCAGAUGCAUGGCAAGGUCUUUUGGCUGCGUUACAUCUCCAGCAUAUCAAUGCUCUCACUUCUUCACAGAAGCUGACGGCGUAAACGUCACUAUUCUUUAAAAAAACUAGUGAUAUUCCGUCGCUAUUCUU